AUGGCACUCGAAUCUUGGGCCCUGAGUCACCAAGUCUUCAACCCCAGUUCCAGAUUGUUUUACCCCGCGCAUGUAAAUCGGCAAAAGAGCAUACCAAUCAAAGUUUUGGGUAGAAACACUACAUAUCCAUUUCCCUUUGUUUCCAAUUGUUUUGGUCCAUCCACUUUUUCAACCCUUCAGGUUUCAAGUUUUGGGGCAGAUGCCAAGAUACUAGAUAGAACUCGGUUGAGAUGUUUAGGUGGUGGCAGUGAUUGUUUGAGUGAGAGAAAUGCUGUUUCCGAAACCAAUUUGAACCUUAUACAUGAAUUGUUGAAGACGGGAAUAAUCCUAGCUGCAACUGUUUGUGGUAUUUUGGUGUUUGGAUGUCCACGAGUUUUUGCUGUUGAAGGUGUUGUGAAUGCAGGAUAUGAUGUUAUUGGACAGAGCAUACUUUUGCUUAGGAAUACUUGGCCCAAAGUGUUGCAAGUUCUUCGUAUAUUUAAGGAGCAAGGUUUGGUGUUGGCAGUGCUUUUGGGCCUUUCAGCCUUUUUCUCUAUGGCAGAAACUUCAAUCACCACACUUUGGCCUUGGAAGGUUCGAGAGUUGGCCGAAAAGGAGUCUGAAAAUGGCGUUUUCAGACUACUCCGAAGUGAUGUUACUCGGUUCCUUACAACAAUACUUAUUGGCACAACGGUUGUCAAUAUUGGAGCAACUGCUCUGGUCACUGAAGCAGCAACUGCUAUGUUUGGUGAGGCAGGUGUUAGCGCAGCAACAGGAGUGAUGACUUCAGAUCUAUUCUAUCAGAUUGAUCACAGAACAGUUCAUGUGGUUGCCAUUUUGCUUCUCACUGAAAUCACUCCAAAAAGCAUAGCUGUUCAUAAUGCCACAGAGGUAGCUCGUUUUGUGGCCAGUGGCAUGGCUUUCCCUGGUGUUGUAUCCUGUAGGAAGAAUUGUUACUUAUCUUUCAAUGGGGAUGCUGAAAUUGCUUGGCCUAAAAGGAAGAAGGGCAUCUGUGGUUUGCCUACUUUUGAGCCAUAUGUAACAGAAGAUGAACUAAAAUUGAUGCUAAGAGGUGCAGAGUUAAGUGGGGCAAUAGAGGAGGAAGAACAGGAUAUGAUUGAAAAUGUUCUAGAGAUAAAAGACACACAUGUCAGAGAGGUUAUGACACCUCUUGUUGAUGUUGUUGCAAUUGAUGCAAGUUCAAGCCUGGUUGACUUUCAUCACUUGUGGGUCACACAUCAAUACUCAAGGGUGCCUGUUUUUGAGCAACGCGUUGAUAAUAUAAUGGGUAUAGCAUAUGCAAUGGAUCUGCUGGACUAUGUACAAAAGGGGGAGUUGCUUGAAAGUACUACAGUUGGAGAUAUGGCUCACAAGCCUGCUUAUUUUGUACCUGAUUCAAUGUCUGUUUGGAAUCUUCUUAGAGAGUUCAGAAUCAGGAAGGUUCACAUGGCAGUUGUUCUUAACGAGUAUGGUGGAACUGUGGGGAUUGUAACUCUUGAAGAUGUUGUUGAGGAAAUUGUUGGUGAAAUAUUUGAUGAAAAUGACUCAAAGGAGGAGAUACAGAAAAAAACUGGUUACAUAGUAAUGCGAGCUGAGGGUGUUUUUGAUGUGGAUGCAAACACAUCUAUUGAUCAGCUCUCAGAAGAUUUGAACAUAAAAAUGCCAGAGGGUCAUCAAUAUGAGACAGUAUCAGGUUUUGUGUGUGAGGCAUUUGGAUACAUUCCAAGGACAGGUGAGUGCAUCAAAGUAGUUCUUGAAAGGGAAGAUGAAGAUGAUAACAAUGAGACCAGUGCUGACCAGCAGGAUCAGAAGGAGAAGAACCAGAUUUUCAAACUUGAGAUACUAGCUGGAAAUGCCAGAAAGGUAAGCGCUGUUCGGUUUGAACGAAUAAAUAAUGGUGAUGAGAAUUUGGAGACUAAAGUUACUCGCAUGGUCCCCAAAAUCAUGAAAAGAAAAUGGAGCAGUGGUCAGAACUCGGAGGAUGAUACAGAAUAUGACGGAGAUACAUUUGAAAAGAGACCACAGGAUGACAUUUCUAGUGAAUAUUUAGUUGAUCAUGAAAAUUCUAGUAGAGAAUAA